CCGGUUCCACCGCGCCCCAAGCCACCCCCAGUCGCACCACCAGUUGUCCCGGCGCCACCCCGCCCACAGCCACCACCUGUGGCACCACCAGUUGUCCCGGCACCACCCCGCCCGCUGCCGCCACCAACCCCCGUCACUCCCCCAUCGCCUCCCUCGCCGACCCCCAACACUGUCAUCAUUAUCGUGUUCGUCUCGCUCGGCGGCCUCCUCUUCCUCGCAUUCCUCGCGGCUGCUCUCUUCUGUUUCCUUAAGAAGAAGAAGAAGAAGAAGAUGGUCCAAGAGAAUGAUGUUGUGAACGUCGAGGACCGCGUACGCGUCCAUGAAACCAUAGUUUCAGGCCCCCACGGUCCACAAGUGCUGGCCCUGGCGGUCGACGAAGAUAUCAGAGUUCAGGAAGUAAUGAAGAAGAACGAAUUCGCCUGCGAAGCCUCGGGCACCAAGCUAGGAGUGGAAGCAGCUGGAACAAACAAGGGGGGAGUUGCAGUUCCUCCUGGCUCUAAGCGCCACCACCUUCUUGAGCACAAGGGCUAGCAAAGCCGCAUGCAUGGUUAAUUGCCAAAGCUUGGCCGAGAAAGAGGUUGUGGUACUUUUAAUAAGGACCUGUACGUGGUUCAAUGGUGUGCAUGGAGAGUGUUGCCGGUGUUCCUUUUACUUGUUCAACUCAUCAGAAUAAGAUGCCUUGUUGGAAAUAAU